UAUACUGGUCCUGAGAGGGGGAGGGCGCGCGUGCGCGCGAGGGAGAGGGGGUUGAGCACAACGAGUCGCGAGAGAGCGCGUGCAGCGAGUCGCGAGACUUUGGCAUUCACUCGGCUCUGGUGGGUUUAUGUGUAUGUAAUGGACGCCGCGGAGAGGCAGGAAUGGGGACUUCAGCUCGGCGCCGACGGGAAACGUCGCGGACAUCGACGUUCUGCUUGACAAACAGAUAAACCGUCAGUUUUUCGUUACAGACGUUAGUUUGAGGCGUUACUCGAGAUAGUUUUCUUACAGUCGUCGAAAUAUAGAUAUAAAUACAUACUCACACACACACACACACACACACAUAUAUAUAUAUAUAUAUAUAUAUAUAUAUAUAUAUAUAGCUAACGGUUAGCUUAGCUCGUUUUGCUAACCACAGGCCCCUUUUGGGGGUUUUGUGACUUGUCAGUUUCACCCCCCCCCCCCCCCCCCCGACACCCACCGACCCUCCCCCUCCCUCCCAGUGCGCGUGACGUUUUAUUUUCGCCUCUUUUUGUUUUUCACUUUUUUUCCUGCGUAAUUUUCGGCGCAGUGUCCGGGCCGCAUGUCCUGGGAGCGAGCUGGAGAGGAGCUCGGCGUCUUUAAAAGUGAAAAAAGUUGCGGGAUCACUGGCCUGCUGAUGGACACAUAGGAACCACUUUGUUCGUAUUGUUUCCAGCCACUCGCAAUGAAGAGCGAGGUCCAGACAGAUGCACGCCGCAAACAGGACCCGCUGAAAGGGCCUCUGGUUAAUCCCGAGCCCAUGGAGACAGCAAAAAGUUACCCCACGGAGGUGGAUGUGAUCAGUAAGGCUGGAAGAGAUUUCGCAACUCUGUGUGGUGAGACGAGGCAUCGACCCCUGCGAGACGCUGGGGGGCGCAGAGACUCUGAAAGGAGCCGGAAGAAGCGAAAAAGCCAGCAACCGGGUCCCUCAGCCUGCUCUCUAAAGGAAGGUAGACUGAGCGAGGCAGCGAUUCCUCCACCCCGUCUGGAGACACACAGCGAGGACGAGCGGAACAUCGAAUCCUCAUUUAGUGACUGUGCCUCCUCGCCCUCGUCCAGCCUGCGCUUUGGAGAUUCGGACACUUUGAGCUCUGAAGAAGAUGGUCGGCAACAGCAGCAUGUUAAAGCCUCGUCGGGCAGUGCAGGAGGAGGUGGAACAGGCCCGACGCGCACCCCCCUGAGCCGAACUCGUGCCAGCAGAUCGCAUAAAUGGGCCCGACUCGAAAAUCCAGAGGCUAAUCAUGUUAAGCGGCCAUGUAUAAGCUCACGGCGGCAGCUUAACAGAAAGCGAUUUGCAAAGGGUGGGAACGGAGGUGGAGCUCAGCGCACUCCAAAGCAGAAGGAGCGUCUGCUGCUACAGCGGAAGAAGAGGGAGGUGAUCGCGCGCAGGAAGUAUGAACUCUUGCAUAGCAGCAGUAGCUCUAGUGAGGAGCUGACCUCUGACUCCUCCUCAUCCUCUUCCACUGAGGGGGACGAUGAGCUGUACGUAGGAGUGAGCAGCAGCGCUGGUAGCCAGAUGAACAGCACCACUGUGGCCUCAGGUGCACUGGAUGAAGACGUGGUGGUGAUCGAAGCUACUCCUGCACCUCCGGUUCCAGCCAGUGAGGAGAUCAAUGUCACUUCUACCGACAGUGAGGUGGAGAUUGUAGGAGAUGCGUACAGGCCGCGAUCAGUGGGAGGUCAUGGCAGAAUGCACUGGGGGCCGAGUUGCUCUCAGAGCCGGGCUCAGGAGGGCCGUGGGCGGCAUCGUCUCUCCACAGUCAUCCAGCCCCUCAGACAGAGCGCCAGUGAGGUAGUGGACCUCACUGUGGACGAGGACGAUCUUUCAGUCGUGCCAACCACUUCUGACAGCGUUCACUUGCAGCCUGCCAGCUCCUCCGCCCCCUCUGCUUCCUCCCUUCUUGCCUCUACCUCAGAGCCCUCCCAGGAUGCCCCAGGCCCCUCCACCAGCUGCCCUGCUGUGGCUCCCGACAGCACAAUGGAGGUCCACAGUGGGCUCCCAGGGCCCAGCAACACCACCCCUCUUAUAGAAGAAGACAAUAGGAGAGGUGCAUCGGGUGAGAGUGGUGGUGUUGCGAUGCCCAGGCUGCCGUCAUGCUGUCCUCAACACUCCCCCUGCAGUGGCCCCUCCGCCGGGCACCUCUCCCUGAAUCACUCUCACUCAGGGUGCAUGCAGGCAGGGCAGGCACAGCAGCAUGGUCCCCCACCGCCCGGGUCUCAACACUCGCAUGGUCACUCGCAUCACUUCCACCAUCACCACCAUCAUCAUGCAGGCACUGCGCCCGCUUCUUUGCCUUUCCCUGAGCCUAGCUGCCCCCUGGAGAGGCCAGGUGCCAUGCCUGUACCCUGCGCAGGGGUCAGCGCCAGCACCCAGUAUCACGACCAGCAGACCCUCCCAGUGGAUCUUAGUAGCAGCGCUGUACGUAACGGUGGCUCCACCAGUAGCAGUUUCGGCAGCACCUCCGCCUUCGACCCGUGUUGUCCAGGCAAUACCUCUCGGCCUCCUGCUUAUGUUUCCCAGGCUACUCCAGGUCCAAGCCAGCCUAGUGUAGUCGACACUUUCAACCCGGCCAUGGUGGCUCAACCACAACCCCAGUCUCAGCUUUCAUCCUGCAGGCACUACAUUCAUCCGCCCUAUGGUUCUCUAUCGCGCUCUUUACACCAUCAGUCCUCGUCGUCAUGUCCCCACUCUCAUAGUAACCCCCCUCCCCCUCCUCAACCUCCUCCCCAAAAUGAUUAUGUCAUUCCCCACCCUGUGCUCCCCUACCACCACACCCCGUUACCCUCUCACGGCCCGGGCCACACUGUGCCUACUGCCCCCCCGCCUUCUCUCGGCCCCCACCUCCCAGGCUCUGCUGCUCCCCUGCCACAGCACCUGGCCCCCGAGCACCAGGCGCUGCAGCAUCACCUGCCUGUGUUGGGCCCCAACGCCGUGCAGAGGCUCCACCAGCAUGACAUUUUGCAAAGGAUGGAGGCUCAGAGACGGAGGAUGAUGCAGCAUCCCACCCGAGCACACGAAAGACCUCCCCCUCACCCUCACAGAAUGCACCCCAACUACGGUCAUGGACACCAUAUCCACGUACCCCAGACCAUGUCCUCGCACCCACGCCAGGCUGACCAGAGAACCACAUGGGAGCUGGGCAUUGAGGCUGGCGUGACUGUAGCUCCGUACCCUACAGGGCAUUUGCAUCCUCAUCUCCCCCACUACCAUCCCCCACCCAGACUGCACCACUUCUCCCUCCCUCUGAUGCACCCUGCCAUGUCUGAGGUUACCUAUCCUCACAUUCGAUACAUCUCAUCUAGAAUGACAUUUGGCCAAACCUACGAGGAUCUGCUGCAUUUAGAGGAGCGGCUGGGGACUGUGAAUCGAGGAGCCUCUCAGGGAACUAUAGAGAGGUGCACUUAUCCGCACAAGUAUAAGAAGAGAAAGCUGCACGGAAAGCAGGAUGAGGAGGAGGGCGCGGAGGAAGACACAGAGGAGAAAUGCACCAUCUGUUUGUCUAUACUGGAGGAAGGAGAGGACGUCAGGCGCCUCCCCUGUAUGCACCUCUUCCAUCAGCUGUGUGUGGAUCAGUGGCUCCUCACUAACAAAAAGUGCCCCAUCUGUAGAGUGGACAUAGAGGCGCAGUUGUCCUCUGAAAGUUGAUGCUGUUUUUUUAGUGACUUUUUUUUUGUUGUCGUACUGUUUUAUGUUUUUUUUGUUUUUUUUUUCCAGUAACACAUUCAACCAAAGAUGGCAUGAAUUACCUGUGCAGAUCCAAUACCGAAAAAAAACUAAUUUAAAAAAAAGAGAAAAAAAUAAUUGACUGCCAGCUACCAUAGUACCAAUAAUGUUAGAAAUUACAUUUUCAUUAAGGGUUUCAAAUUUUAUUGUAUUUAUAAAGCUUUUAUGUAGCUUUUAAUCGUUUCACAAGUGUCAUAGUAUAUUAUUUUUAUUUUUAUUAUUAUUUUUUAUUUUGCAUGGAUCCUUGCAAUGCAUUUCUUUGCACAUAUAGAUGAUAACGGGCCUGUCAGGCUUUACAGACUUGCAGGCAAGAAGAGCUGCUCUGGUAAAGAAGCAUUUUUAUAUACCUAAUGCCUUGCUUUACUGGAAUAGAAUAUCAACCUCCAUUAUAAAUCAUUGCAGGACUCAUUAUCAAGUGUAUUAAUUAGGUUCAUGGUUUAGAAAGUGUGGUCUGCGAAUUAUUAUUAUUUUUUCUUUUUUUUAAGCGAAUCAACACAUUCCUUAAUUAGGAAACGAGAUCAUGUUUGAGAUGAGCUCUUGUUAUCAGUGUUCACCUUCACACAGCGUUCAUAAUCACUCUUCUCUCCCCUGGGGAUCAGCAAACCUUUGUGUCCUGAUGGAUCCCGCUUUGCACCUCAACCUCAGCAUCGGGUAAGGGGAGGGUGGGUGGGGGCACCUGAAUGUCACCUGUAUCUGUUUUUAGUAUCAUUACAAUCAGAGCUGUUAGGUCACAUGCUCUGUCUGAACUGUCACUGCUUGGUCCAGUGUGGCAACUCUGUCACAGUCACCACACAGCCUGGAGGAAUUCUGAAACUGAGUAUUGAUUUCUUCAUGCUUUUCCUGGAUUAAAUUUUUUUUUCCUUUUGUCUCUUAUCCCUUCACAUCUCCAAAAGUGACUUUUAAAGGCUGAUUACUCUGUUCAGAUUAACACAAACGCACACACUCUCAUGAAUGCAUUCGUAUUUCUCUCUCACUCUAGAGCUGUGCAGCAAACUGUCGUCUCAUGAUUUUCUUUUGUUUUCUUUUUGCUGCUGUGAAAGCCUAACACUAAUAUUAUUCUUAACUAGCUAACUUGCGUAUACUUGCACAUGAGAGACAAAAAAACAGGAGUGCAUUGAAAAAGAAGUGUGCUAAGGACAUGGAUUUGCUCUGUUUGCUGAGUUUUGGGAGGGGAAAAAAUUUAAUUUUGAAUGGAGUGUUGGAAUACAGUACUUAAUGGCAGGUAUCCAUGCGUUCAUAGACUUAAUGAUCCCAGGGUAAUGCGCCUUGGGAUUUACGUUAGUUUUAAAAUAAUAAUAUUAAUAAAGUUAGGUAACUCUU